CCGGUCCCGACGCUCUUUCUCACGAGAUCACGAAUGCAGCGCGGCUGACGCGCGGCGUCACGUGACUCAAUAUUUUUGCUCCUUUCGCCGGGUGCUCGUGGAAGCGAAACCCCUGCCUGCCGAAGCGUCUUGUCAAACCUCACGGCUUUAUCCGAAAAAUGACUAUGUAGGAACAACGACAUCAGUCGUUCACGCGUCUGACUUUCCAGUUAAGGUUAAUUUGAGAAAUUACAACGUUGAAUCUACUGAAUAAGACCUAGCUAGCAAACUAGCAGUCAGCAUCACUGUAGUGUCGACUAUGGCGGCAGUUGACAGCUUUCAGUUUUUGUACAGGGAAAUUUCUCGGUCAUGCAGUUCUUAUUUUGAGACCCUGGCCCUGGUCGGUGCGCUGUACACGGCCAGCAGGGCAGUGAUCCUGCUGAGGGACUGCUGCACGCUGGUCAGGGUGCAUUUCCUGCCCAGAAUGAUCCCGAGCAAGAAGCUGAGCCAAAGAUAUGGUGACUGGGCUGUCAUUUAUGGAGCAUCGGAGCCUGUGGCCAAAGCGUAUGCAGAGGAGCUGGCCAGGCACGGCAUCAGCAUUAUCUUUGUCACUCAGGACCACACUUUUGUUAGAGACACCGCCGUAUCUCUCUCCCAAAGCUACGGAGUGGAAACUGUUGUUGUCCCAGCCGACUUCUCUCUGGACCAGGCAGCCAGCAAGCCCAUUAAAGAAGCCUUGAGGGGUAAAGAUAUCGGCUUCCUGGUGAACUGUGUGGAUGAGUCUUUGACUUGCCCCCAGAGCCUGAUUGAAAUGCCCGAGCAGAGCCUGUUGGACUCUGUGAAUAAGAACGUCGCGGUCGCUACUCUGAUGGCCCGGUUGGUGCUGCCAGGGAUGAUAGAGCGUAGCAGAGGUGCUGUGGUCAAUAUAUCAUCGGCCGCCUGCUGCAGACCUCUGCCUGGAAGAGUGACACUCACGGCCUCCACUGGCUAUUUGGAUCAGUUCUCAAGAGCUCUUCACCUUGAGUACAGCGGCAAAGGGAUCUUUGUUCAAAGUCUGAUUCCUUUCCAAAUAGCCUCAAGCGGGCAACAACCAUCAACAUCCACAUCAGCAUCAUCAAGAGAAGGCUGGUUCGUGCCUAAACCAGACGUGUAUGCUUGCCACGCCAUCUCCACCCUGGGCGUCUCUAACAGGACCACCGGCUACUGGCCUCAUACACUGCAGUAUGGAUUGAUGAGGUGUAUUCCAGAGUGGAUUUGGGUUCUCAGAUCACAUGUGCUCACCAGUUCAAGCUAAGAGCUCACUUUCCCUCUCUUCACAACGACUUAACCUGGUUACUGGUUAUCUUCUUGUUACUGGAGUCAUUAGUAGAGGUUUAUUUUAGUUUCUUCUGCAAUUAGCAAAGACUAGUUCUGUUUUGAUAACUCCCAGGCAUUAUUGUGGAAUGUAGUUAUCAGGAUUCUUGCCUAUCGAUGUGGUAUCAAUUUUUUUAGGAUAUCUGCAGUGGAAUUUGGAAGUAAUGAGUGAAUAUACACACAUUACUCCUUUUAGUCCUGGACUAUAAUCUGACAAAUUCCUAAAUUUACAAUAGAAACCAGACAACCUGAUAAUAAAUGUCUCCACAGUGCACACACAUGAGGCUGGAAACUGGGUUUGACUUUUAGUCCUGGUUGUGAACUUUGAUUCAAUUCUCCGAUUAAUAUAAGAGCAUAAUACUCUGACAUAAUUUGGUUUGGUGCCUGGACCUUUAUAGAAUGACCCUCCGUUAAGUUUGAACCCACUGGACUGUUGGAUAAGAGAUUAUUUCAAAUGCCAAAUCUAAUUGUACAAUUACUUUAUUUUUCUUUGUAUUCCAAAAAGUUGCACAUUGAGACGCUUCUAUAAUUAUAAAAUAUUAAAAUAUAGAAGUGCAUUGGAGCUCAAAAGCCCCAAGUCAAACGUUACAUAAAAAAGACAAAGUCAGAAGAAAGCAGUAAUAAAACAAAAAAAUAACAGAUGAGUAAAAAAACAUGAGGAAUCUAAUCCACAAACACAUCAACAUGAAUUAAGGCAAUGAAUUCUGACAUUCAGUGGCACGCACUUUUGACCACCGAGACCUCUUUCCAUCUGCUACUAACCUGAGUCCUGGGUGAUCUGAUUAUAGCCGAAAGGGCUUUGGAAGCAUUUAAAGGAGCUCUGAUGUUCCCAUCAGAUUUGAGUGUAUUUUUGCUAAAUAUAACCCGAAAUCUGAGACACUUGUUAACUGAAAGUCAAAAAUACACAUUUUUAACAUACACUCUGGACUGUGACCAAAAGGAAGUAUAAAACUGGAACAUAUUAUUGCAAUGUAAAUAUGUCUUAAGCUUUGGAUUUGGCUUCCCGGUUUAAAGCUAGAGUUCAGAUAAAACCAAGAUGUGCCUGUAGGGUAUUUUACAUUCUCAAAAAAAAAAAGUGUGGUCUUGAAUGAAGAGUGAUAGUUUUAGGUGAAUGCGGUGUCAUUGCUCAGAGUAGAAGAGUCAAGCAUCUGCAGGAGUGAAUUUAAAAUGCAGUGAAGAGUUAGAUUGUGAUAUUUUGUUUUGUUUUGUUGAGAAACAAUAGUUGAAAUCUAUUCGGUACAUGUAGAUGUUGCUGAAGUAUUUAUAUUAAAAUUGGAACAGACUCAUAUAAGUUGUGCUUACUGUGUUCAAUCAUGCAGUACAAUAUGCAGUAUAAAAAUUCAGUGAUGUGGAACUCACCAUAGCUGUAAGUGUUGACUUAAAUAUACUGGAUGUAUCAUUAUAGCACAAAACUAGACCAAUAAACACUUCUUUCAUUCCCAUAUUAUUGUCCUUU